UGAUGAUUUGAUGGAAGACCAGGCGCCGAUGAAGCGUCAUUCAGACGCAAUAUUCACAGACAACUACAGCCGCUUUCGCAAGCAGAUGGCGGUGAAGAAAUAUCUCAACUCCGUUCUCACAGGAAAGAGAAGUCAAGAAGACCCACCUAGCAUGCAGGAGGAAUCGACUGGAGGUGAGACCACAUAUCGGGAGAGCUACGAUGACGUCACUGUAGACCGACUUCUGAAUCAUAUACCAUUGCCUCUCUGAGGUCAGUUUGAAGACAAGAAAACAACUCUUCGAGACCAUCAUCAUAGGUUUUCCAUUUACACAGUCUAGUAUAGGACAUCAGCAUACUACUAAAAGAACGUGUUGAAAACGAAAAUUGUGGUUACCUAUGACGUAAAUGUUUGCACUGUACAUAGAAAAUAAA